CCGCUUUGUGUUUAGGCCGCAUGAGACUGGUAAGAAAGUCUCGCCAAGUGAUAGCUGCUAUCGUUGAGUUGAAUUUGCUCGAACAAUCCAUCAUCAUCACUCUUAACAUGAAGAAAUUCUAGCAAGCUGCAACGAGCAAUCAUGGAUUUGAAGAUCGCCCCAGCCCCAGAGGGACAGGAUGGGCCCGAGUACUCUAAGCUCGGGUCUACUCUUGUUACUGAAGAGGUCCCCCAGCGACCAAUAUCACGAGAUGGCCAGCAUAUUCAACGGCACGCCCAACUAGCAGACUUGAAUGUCAAUGAACUCGACCACAACUACGACGUCGACCCAGAUGACUAUCCGUUCGCAAACAUUGACUCGGCGCAAGAGCUAUUCUCUGCUGUUCUAUACCAUGAGCAUCUCAGCAAGGACCAGAACUUUGGUGCAGAAACCACGAUCGAGUGCUUGAAGGUAGACCAGAAGGACGCACUUUGGAAAAGCCUGGACGAGGAUGGCCUAAGAGCGACAGUGAAAGAUGCCAGCGAACUUUGGAACAAUGUCCCAGCGCUUUCUACAGGAUCACAAGCAGCAGAGCACACUUCAAAGCGUGAAGCUCUCGUUCUCUUCGUUCCGCUCAUUCCCGCUACAUCAGACUCUUCUUAUAAGUAUAGCCUCCCUAUGACCCGAUCGAGCGUCGUGCAUCUGUUUGAGGCCCUCCGACUGGAUGCUGCAUUUUUGUCAAACAUGCUAGGUCGGCCCGAUUACUGGGCACCCCAAACACUAUGGGAUCAAGAAGGAAGCACUUUUCGCGGUUGUGAUUUCUACUGUCAACACCCCCGGUGGAAUUUGAACGUGCAGGGUGCUCCGUUGUCGGUCUACUGCAAAUAUGACGCUCAAAGAGACCUGACCGUUUACAUUAUUUCACACAAAGAAGGCGACACGGUAAUACAAUCCUUGCGCAAACUUCUGGAUAUUACUGUGCGGCACAAAGCACGGAACCAUGUCGCGAACCUGCUACUGGACAGCCCUCUCGACCUUCAAGUCAUGAUUUCGAAUUUGAACUUCGAAUCAUCGAAAUGGCACGUUGCGAAAUUUCGGCGGCUCCAAUGGGAUGUGGUCAACAAAGUUGACGACCAUCUUGCGGGUAUAGAAGCGAGAGAUCGCUCGAAAUUGGCAGAGCUUCUCAAAAAGCUACAGAUUGUUGCACAAAAUGUGGACUCCCACCUCGCCAAUGCAGAUGUCUUCCUUUACUCAGCACAGGCCAUUCGCGACACGUGUAUGAGGCUCAACGUAUCGAGGAAUCCAAUGAUACGACAACGGACUCUCGACAUGAUUAGACAUGUCAUCACGAGCAUGGACAAGCAAAAGAUGUGGUUCGUUAAUUACAAAGGAAGGAAAGAGGCGACUAUGAAUCUGCUCUUUCAUAUCACGACGCAACAAGACGCACUGAAUAACAUCGAACUUGCAUCCGACAUGAAGAAAGACAGCACAAGUAUGAACGCCAUAGCUGCCCUGACCAUGGUGUUUUUACCUGGGACAUUUACAGCCACACUUCUCAGCACCGAAAUAUUUCAAGCUGGACCAGGUUGGACUCAGUUUCAAGUCACUGGACUCUUGUGGCUUUGGAUUGUAGUCACUGUGCCCAUCACCGUUGUGACCAUGACCUGCUGGUGGUUGUAUAAGAACAAAAAGUCGAAUAUGAUCGAACCUGUGAAGCUUUGGUUCAAAGAUGACAGCAAAAGCUAUGGAUCUUAAUGUUUCUCCCCAACCCUAAAGAGUUGGAGUCGUUCACAACAACUGAAGCCGUACAUGGAGAAGGAUCUCAGGAGUCUGGUUUGAAUGCAGAACGGUCCUUCUGGCACGAUUUAAUGACUGUAUUGCUAUGUAGAGUCUCGAUCUUCUCAUUUCAACGACUAUAAUUUUACUUUAUUCGAAGUUGGAGUUUAGGUUCUGUCACGCAAAAAUGGUUCUCUUGUUGAUAACACCGACAAACAUAUUGUAUAGCCAAGUCAAAACCUAUGCCAGCAGAAGAGAUGUCUUUUUGAGAAAGCAAUACACUACGCACUGGAUUCUGUCUCGACAGUGUCAGGUGUUGACUAGACUCUUAACUAUGUCUACGGGACAAAAAGCAAGAUGGUGGACAGCAAUUUGAA